GUUGACGCUCGUUGCGAGAACUUGAAUUCGUCUCUUCAUCUUCUACAAGUACUAUGGCCUCUGUCGCGCUUUCGCAGGCGCGAAAUGCCCUGCCCACUCUGAGGAAUACUUUUGGACGUGCUUUCGUGGCUGCAACUUUUCUUCCUUCCGUUUGGGCUACGCAAAAGCCCUUCAGCUUCACUUUACCUUCUUUGCAGUCGCUCCUAGAACUGCUUCCUCCAUUCGUCUUGGCAGUGCCGAAAAAGAAAACCUCGCAUUCACGGAAAGCCAUGAGGAGUGCGAACAAGGGUUUGAAGGACAAGCAAAAUCUUGUUGCAUGCCCAGCAUGCGGGACGCCAAAGCUGGCACAUCAUCUAUGCUCAAGUUGCUACUCGGGACUUAGUCGGGGAUGGAAAGCGCAGGCAAGGCAAGGUGGUGAUUCUGCUUGAGCCUUGCGGGAAUAUUCAUUACGAGGUGAGUGCUGCUGUGUUUUGAGAUUAUGUUGCAACUUCAAUCACAAUAUAUUAGGACACACAAUGAUCUCACCCAAUCAAAGAAGACUUCGUCACGCCGAACGACCUCGUUCUGCCAGUGAACUUGGUUUGACCUUGCAUGCUUCUGGGAAUGUAUGAGAAUGUCCGAGUUGCGAUACAUAUAUCAUAGCUUCUUCCUUAGACAGGACUCUAAUACUUCAUUAGCUUCUCAACACACAUUCUGUGACCAGACAAUUGCAAGGAGAUUUGUCUUCAGCUAUGGAUUUGUGUUCGGUGUGAUCGGAA